ACGACACGAGUGACCGAGGAAGAAAAACAACUCCACAGCCAGACAAAAUUGAUCAGCUUCUGCGGCUAUUACUGUCAGAUACCGCAUCUACGGCUGACGAGACCUCCAACAGAGUGUCAUCCGAAAAGGUGAUAGAUGCAAUGUCAUCUCUCGAGACCGCUUUCAUGCAGUCGGUGAUAGAUCAUCUUAACAAUAUCCUCAGCCGUCUCUCGCCAUCCAGUGGUAUGCAUGCGGUCACGUCUCGUAUCUUGCAAAAGUUGUGUGUGCGAAUGGAAGCACUCCCGAAGAUGCUACAUCUCAUCGAAGCAGAAAUCCACAAGACGAGCGAUAAACCGCUCGGCAAUGGUGGAUUCGCGACUGUCUACCUAGGUCAAUAUCGUGAACUGGCGGUCGCAUUGAAAUGCUACUACAUUGCUGACAAGACUAGGGCCCAAGCAAUAUAUGAGAUAUUUUGCAAGGAAGCCCUUCAAUGGAGACGUUUGCAACAUAAGAAUAUUACGCCAUUUCUGGGAGUUACUACCGUCAUAUCGCCUCUCUGCCUUGUGAGCAAGUGGAUGAAGAAUGGCACCAUAAUAUCCUCUCUUCAGAACAAUCCAGACUUGGACCGCUUGCCAUUGCUUGUUGACAUCGGAAAGGGUUUAGAAUACCUACACUCAUUCCAGUUUGUUCACGGGGAUUUAAAAGGAGAGAACAUCUUGAUCGACGAGCACUCGCACGCUUGUCUAUGCGAUUUUGGUGUUGCUACCGUAAUGUACGAUCCUCAAAUCAUGCAGGCUGUCACCAAAACUCGGCAAUCAGAUGGCACAACUCGUUGGCAGGCGCCGGAACGUCUUGACCCGGAAGAAUUCGGCAACGAUCCCGACUACGAACCAUUCACAAGUGACAUAUAUUCACUCUCGAUGGUGGUAUGGGAGAUAUUCGCCGGUGAAAUCCCUUUCGUUGAAUUCCAGUAUGAGGGGACAGUCAUCAACCAGGUACUCAACAAGGGUAAACGACCUUCACGCACGGAGGAUAUGAUAAAGCUGGGACUGACCGAUGAUAUAUGGGCCAUUGUAGAGGAGGGCUGGCGCACGAACUGGCGUGAACGUCCGCCUCUGAAUCGCAUUCUGGAUGUCUUCACACAUGCAGCCACGUCCCGCAGCGUUUUAGCGCAUUAGGUGAUGCAUUGUGUUCGACAAUGAUGUGUGUCUACAAGCAUAGUCAUUCAGAUAUCUGUGCUGCUUCGGCUGCUGUCUGUCACUCUUGGUUCACUCUUGAUUUCAUUGCAGUACGUGCUGGUAUUUAGACUGAAUGGAAUAAACCUCUUUUUCAGACA